UGCUUCUCGUAGACAUUGUAGAACCAGCUUACAACAGGAUGAAGAUCAAGAUUUCUGUUGCUGCUAUCUGCGUCCUAGCAUCUGCUGUGGCCUUCCCUCAACAUGUCCACCAUGACUACGCACACGAAAAUGUAGGGGACCACGACCACGGACACGAGCAUGUGGAGGAGCACGACCACGGACACGAGCAUGUAGAGGACCACGACCACGGGUUCCACGUGGAGUACAAGGAGGACUACUACGACCCUCACCCCAAGUACAAGUUCGAGUACGGCGUCCAUGACAGCCACACCGGCGACAUCAAGAGCCACAAGGAGGAGCGCGACGGGGAUGUGGUGCACGGCAGCUACGAGCUGGUGGAGGCGGACGGUUCCAAGCGCGUCGUCCACUACACAGCUGACCACCACACUGGCUUUAACGCCGUCGUCCACCGGGAACACAACGUCCAUCUUCAACAUUACCGUCAUAAUAUUGAAGAGCAUUUACCAGUGCAUUACGGACACCCCUUCUUACAAUAGUCCUAAUUUAUUGUCAAAAAGAAAACAUAAAAAAGUAUAAUCAAGACAUUUAAUACCUAAUUCAA